ACCUGCCGCGGGCGACCAUCCCCAUCCCCAACCCGUCCCCGACCCGAGCCGCAGGGCACGCCCGCCGCACAGCGGCCGCAGCACAGGUGUCUUCCGCCCCGCCAAUCCGCCACCCCCACCCACCAUUACGUGACGGGCGACCUUUCCAGGAGCGGCCCGCCCCCGCAGCUCCACUGUCCGUGACCGCGACCACCAGGAGCCAGAGUAAAGCAGAGGCGCUCGUCGUCGCCGCGAUUCGCCACUAGACGACUCGCAUUGCCAGCCGCUCAAGCCAAGCGAGCCCCUCCAUGAUCUCCCCGGGAGCCAGAUCGCAGCUCCGCCUAAUCUAAUCAGAGAGAGCAUCUCCCUCCCCAUCAUCGUCUGACGGGAUCUCGGGGCCGGAGCACCGGCCCGCCCAUGGUGGUAGUACUUACCAGGCGGGAUUGGGCUUAGCUUAGCUUUUUUUAGCUCGUCCUCUUCCGCUCCCUGGAUCAACCCGCCAUGGUGGCUUGCGCGUGCCAGCCGGAGCGGAUGAGCGGCGGCAGCAUGGCCAUGGGCGCGAGGAGCAAGCACCAUCCCAAAUCUCUGGCCCUGCGCUGCUACUGCUACGCGGCGAGCCACCGCUCCCUGACCCUGCUGGUGUGGUGCCUGGCGGCGCUGCUGGUCCUUCUGAACUUCCACCUGCUCGUCACCCACGGCAAGGAUGACCAGGGCGGCAGGCCCCGCGAGAUCCACCGGGCGAUCCUCAGGGAGCUGGAGGUGGUGGAGGAGGAGAGGUUCCAGGUGACGCCCGCCCGGAGCCGGAGGAACCCGCGGGCCGUGCGGCGCAAGGGGGAGCACACCAAGCCGCUGUCCGUGGUGGAUGAGUUCCUGGACGAGUCCUCGGCCGUGCACGACAUGUUCUUCCCGGAGCCGAGGACGGCCAUCGAUCCUGUCCACGGCGGCAACGACAGCAUGUACUUCUACCACCCCGGGAGGGUGUGGCUUGACACCGACGGCAAGCCGAUCCAGGCUCACGGAGGCGGCGUGCUGUACGAUGAGAGGACCGAGACCUACUUCUGGUACGGGGAGAACAAGGAUGGCAAGACUUACAAGGCUCACAGCAAGGGUGCUGAUCGAGUUGACAUUGUUGGAGUGAGUUGCUAUUCUUCGAAGGACCUGUGGGCAUGGAAAAAUGAAGGGGUUGUGCUCCGCGGCGAGAAAAAGAACGUGACACAUGACCUCCACGUAUCCAACGUCCUGGAGAGGCCGAAGGUGAUCUACAACGACCGGACCGGCAAGUACGUGAUGUGGAUGCACAUAGAUGACGCUAACUACACCAAGGCGUCGGUCGGCGUGGCGGUCAGCGACUCCCCCACAGGCCCGUUCUCCUACCUCUACAGCAAGCGGCCGCACGGCUGCGAGAGCAGAGACAUGACCAUUUUCAAGGAUGACAACGGGAAGGCCUACCUGAUAUACUCAUCCGAGGACAACAGCGAGCUCCACAUCGGCCAGCUGACCGACGACUACCUCGACCUGACCGACGACAUGAGGAGGUUUCUCAUCGCGCAGCACCGGGAAGCGCCGGCGCUCUUCAAGUUUGACGGCACCUACUACAUGAUAACCUCAGGGUGCACGGGGUGGGCGCCCAACACGGCGCUGGCUCACGCCGCGACGUCGGUCAUGGGGCCCUGGGAGACGCUGGGGAGCCCCUGCGUGGGAGGGAACGAAAUAUUCCGGUCGACGACCUUCUUCUCCCAGAGCACAUUCGUGCUGCCACUCCCAGGCCUGAGAGGCUCCUUCAUCUUCAUGGCCGACCGGUGGAACCCUUCGGAGCUGCGGGACUCGCGCUACGUGUGGCUGCCGCUGACGGUGGGCGGGGUGCCGGAUGAGGCCGCGGACUACAGCUUCAUGUUCCCGCUCUGGUCCCGGGUGUCGAUUUACUGGCACCGGCGGUGGCGGCUCCCCGAGGGGUGGACAGAUUCUUGAAAAUUUGAAAGUUUGAGUUGCUAUACGUUUGUUACACAUGAUAGAUACGGGUUUAUUGACAUUCGACACACAGUGGAGGGGGUGUGUUGUAUAGGUCAGAUGUAGAUGCUAGCAGAGUUGUAAAUGUGCAGUUUUGAGAUUGUUCUCAAGUCACAUAAGUAUGCUUGUGUCCCCUGUGAAUAA